CCGCCUCCGCUCUCCGCACUCGGGAUUCCGAUUGACCCCUCAUCCGCAAGCUAAAAGUAGUAACAAGGCAAGUACGGGAGUAAAUUUAGGACAGAAGAUUCUAACCAACCACUGACUGCAUUUAGGAGGUCGGACGGUUUUUUUUUUAUUUUUAUUUUCGGAUACGUCCAAUUCUCUGUCUGCAUUGAGCUUUUCGUACUCGUACUCGUACAUGCGAUUGCUCUCAUGCAGUGACAGCGUGUCCGAAAGUUGUCGAGUUGUCGAGUUUUGAAACGGAAGGGAACGUGUCAGGUGGGUGUACUACGAGUACUCUGUACCUGAACCAGAUGGGGGAGCUCGAGAGGGCCCGCAUCAAGCAAUUGCCAUCGGAUGCCUUCUACAUUGCCGACUUCAUCUCGGAGGUGGAGGAAGCCCUUUUGCUCCAAAAGAUCGGUACCGCUCCCCUACCGCGCUGGACGCAACUCGCACAUCGUCGCCUUCAAACCUGGCCAUCUGCUUUGACCAAGACCAACACCCUCGUUGCCUCUCCGCUUCCCUCUUGGCUCGUCUCACCCAUAGUGACCCCGCGCUUCGAUGCCCUCAACAUCUUCCAAGAUGCCCCGCACGGCGCCCCGAACCAUGUCCUGGUGAACGAGUACUGUCCCGGACAAGGGAUCAUGCCUCAUGAAGACGGCGCAGCAUAUUACCCGCUCGUGGCUACUGUGAGCCUCGGAGCGCCGAUUGUGCUGGAUCUGUAUGACAAGCCCACGGCCGACGCUCAAGAUGGCUUGGAUCGCCAACCAAAAUAUCGCAUCCUGCAAGAGCGACGUAGUCUGCUGGUCACCACGGACAGGGUCUACACGGACUUCCUGCAUGGGAUUGCGGAAACCGACAGGGACGAGCAACUCAGUGCCGGUUCCAUCUGCAAUUGGGGCUUGCUGAGGGAGCCCGAACGGUACGAAUGUGGCUGGUCUCAGAGAGGAACUAGGAUCAGUCUAACUUAUCGUGACGUGCUCAAGGUCGCGAAGCUGGGAAGCACAAUGAAAUUCUUGAAUAGACGAUAG